UACUACCAAAGUUGACAUUUAUACAUGUAUAAAACCCAAUGGUCGAUAUGCAAUGCAAGGAGCUCACAUCUAUCAAGAUCAUGGACAUCCCAUAUCCACCCCGGCCGCCACAAGCAAAUCAAAUGGCUACGCCCAACAUAGACUCGAUUUCAGAUUCAAAACUUUACGAGCUCAAGGAGCAGCUUCUGCUGCUGACCACCCUGGUGGCGACGGUGACGUACGUCACCGGGCUCAACCUGCCCGGUGGAGCCUGGCAGACGCAGCACAAGGACGGGAAUGGGCCUCUCGCCGGCGAUCCGAUCCUCCGGGACAUCCAUUACCGCCGAUACCUCGCCUUCUACUACUGCAACGGCACGGCGCUCGCCUCGUCCGUCGUGGUCUGCCUCAUCCUCGUCAUGCUGCGCAGGGACAGCCCGGCCUGGUCGGUGGUGCUGCGGGUGGUCAUGGUGCUCGACCUUCUUGGCCUCAUGGGUUCCUACGCAGCCGGGACCUGCCAUGACACCUUCGCCACCAUCUGGGCCGUGGCGCUCGCUUGCCCCGUCUUGGCCUACAUCACGUACGCUUUCGUCUGCUACCUCUGUUUGCCCCUCCGCCGCGACAACCACACCCCGAGAAACACAAACAGAGGGUACCAAGAGAAGGAGAAGAUCGAGGUGCUGAUGCUGCUGGCGACCUUCGCAGUCACCAUCUCCUACGCCGCCGGGCUGAACCCGCCCGGCGGCUUCUGGACCAGCACCAUGCAGCAGAAGGAUGGCCGCCUUCUUCACCUCGCCGGCGACCCCAUCAUGGAAGAUAGUGCGCUCCGGAGGUACCGGGCAUUCUUCGUCUGCAACACGACGGCGUUCGUCGCCUCCUUGCUCAUCAUCCUGCUGCUCCUGGACAAGAACUUGAGCAGGACAAUCUCGGCGCGGUUCGUGGCGGUCUACGGCUUCAUCGCGGUGGCGCUCCUGGGCCUCAUGGGGGCCUAUGCUGCUGGGAGCUGCAGGGAGACUGACAAUACCAUCAAGGUGCUCUCCCUGGCCGCUGCGGUUCCUCUCUGCGUAGUCCUGCAGCUGGCUCUCAACUAUGUCUUCUAUUGGCCAAUCAAGAACAUGUGUGAUAGUUUCUCCGAAUGGUUGCAGAGAUUGAGUCCCGGAGGUGCCGGCGCACUCGCGGAUCCAGACCUGAAAAACACUCGAUUUUUCGUGAUGGUACUCGCGAGCUUCGCGGUGAGCAUCACGUACCAAGCCGGACUGGAUCCACCAGGCGGCCUCUGGAAAGAUGAGCUGAACGGGCAUAAGAUCGGCCACCCGGUGCUCCGGACGACACAUCCUGCUCGGUACCAGGUCUUCUUCUACAGCAACUCGGCGGCAUUCGUGACGUCUCUGGUGGUGGUGAUGAUGGUCCAGAGCAAGUUCCUGCUCAAGCGCCGCACGUUGGUGGCCGCCAUGGUGCUGGACUUGAUCGGCCUCGUCAUCGCCUAUGCCGCCGGCAGCAGCAGGGAUGCGAGCACGUCCAUCUAUGUCGUCGCCGUGGCUUGCCUUGUCCUCUCCUACGUCGUCGUCCACAUCGCCUUAGGAGGAGAGAAGGAGAACGUCGCUGCUGCUGAACCUGCUCCUCCUCCUGCUGCCGGUACGGACGGUACGGUAGCUCCUGAUCCUGCUGCUACUCCGGCGGCUACGUCUGCCAGUCCUCCUCCUGCUACUCCUACCGCUGCUGCUUCUCCGGUAGUAGUCGUAGUAUUAGGAGGAGAAGGAGGAGGGCGAAGCAAGGAGCAGCUGGAUGACAAGCGUCAGGUGCUGCUGCUAAUCGCCAUCCUGGCCGCGGCGCUAACCUACCAAGCCGGGCUGACGCCGCCGGGCGGCUUCUGGCAAGCGGACGACGGCGAUCUCGGCCACCGCGCGGGCUACCCGGUCCUCCUCGACAACUACCCGCGCCGCUACAAGGCCUUCUUCUACUGCAACGCGGCGAGCUUCAUGGCGUCGGUGGCUCUCAUCCUGCUGCUGGUGAACCGCAAGCUAUACAGGCCGGGGAUACGGUGCUACGCGCUGCACGUGUGCAUGGCGGUGGGCAUGUUCGCGCUCAUGGGCGCCUACGCCGCCGGCAGCUCCCGCCAUCUCAAGACCUCCAUCUACGUGCUGACGCUGGCGAUCGUGGUCUCGGCGUCCAUACCCCUGCAGGUAGCCAUCUUCUGGUACAUCCGCAACUACAGGAGAAGCCACCAACGUGACGAAGCAGCAGGCAGGAUAAGACGGCGGCGGACACGCGGGCUCGACGGCGCCGACCAGGAGAAGGACGAGGAGCUGGAGUACCUGAUGCUGCUAGGGGUCCUGGUGGCGAGCGUGACAUACCAGAGCGGCCUGAGACCGCCGGGCGGGCUGUGGGAAGAGGGUGGCGCCGCCGGCAACCCCAUCAUGCACGACAUCAACAAGCGGCGGCACGACAUCUUCCUCUACAGCAACUCCACCUCGUUCAUGGCGUCCGUGGUCGCCAUCGUCAUGCUGCUCCCGUUCACGCUGAGCAACGUGGAGUGGCUGCGGCGUUUCCUGCCGUCCCAGACGAGCAACCGCAGGUGGCCGCUGUGGCCGGUGCACACGGCCAUCUUGCUGGACAUGCUCGGCCUCCUGGUGGCCUACGCGGCAGGGAGUACCAGGAAGUGGGAGUCGUCCAGGAACGUCAUAGUCAUCCUCCUCCCCGUGCUAGCCUACAUUGCGCUCUACGCCGCAAUAGUGGCCAUAUACAUCUGUAACAAAAGCCGCACAUCCUCCCAGUUGACCACCGACAACACAAGCUGACCAACAAUCUUCCUCCGUCCUACACUACUCAUCAUAAUAUAAGAGCACUUGUCCUGGUCCAUCGCGUAGAUAUGGAGGGUAGUUUCUUCUCUUCUCACCUGUUGGUUUCGUCCGGUAAUGAAAUCGGAGGCACGAAUCCUCUUUUCCUUAAAAAAUCAAAAUUGAGAUUAGCUAGAACUCAUC